AUGCCUCGCAGUCGUGUUCUAUCGUUCAUGUCCCAAUGGGGCGGCCAACGUUCACCCACUUCAGCGUCACUAGAUUCCGAGAAACAGCUGCGAGCCACGCCAUCACCGAAUGCCAGCCAAGAUCCCAAUGUACUACACAAGAACAAGCCGCUAGGCCUCGACACACAAAGGCAGAACCUGGACUCUUUUGCGCCCAGUUCGCCCACACCACGAUCGCCAGAAACGCCAUCGCGAGCCAGAGCCGACUCGCGCGCGAACUCCCGCCCCGUCAGCAUGAUACAGACGUACAAUCCGCACCAGAUGGAGGUUGCGCAAGAUACGCCGCCAGAGCUGGCACCGAUCUUCAGCUUUCUGAAUAGCCAUAGCAACAAGCUGUACCAAGAGGGCUACUUCUUGAAGCUGCACGAUCUCGACACCCGCGGCAGGCCAAGUCUGGACAGGACAUGGAAUGAGUGUUUCGCUCAGCUGGUGGGCACAGUCCUCUCGCUCUGGGAUGCUGCGGCAUUGGACCAGGCAGGCGAAGACGGCGAGGUUGUGCCCACGUUUAUCAACCUGAGCGAUGCUUCAAUCAAGAUGAUUGAGUCUCUCCCAAUGAACGGUGCGCAGGGCGGCAGUCUUCAGAACGUCCUCAGCGUCUCUACUGCGGCUAACAACCGCUACCUCCUCCACUUCAACUCGUUGAAUUCCCUCACGCAAUGGACGGCCGGAAUCAGACUGGCUAUGUUCGAGCAUGCCACGCUUCAAGAGGCGUACACUGGCUCACUCCUCGCCGGAAAGGGAAGGUACCUAAACAAUAUAAAGGUCAUCAUGGAGAGGUCCAAAUUCAUCCACGAUGACUGGGCAAGAGUUCGAUUUGGAGCAGGUACACCGUGGAGACGAUGCUGGUGCGUCAUCUCACCACCUGACGAGAAAGAGUACGCGAAAGCCCAGAAAGUCCUCAAGAAGGGUUCAGCAUACGGCAGGACACAGGUGCCCAAGGGCGAUAUCAAGUUUUACGACACACGAAAGAUCACAAAGAAGACACGCCCAAUCGCCACGAUUACCGACGCAUACGCCGCUUAUGCCAUCUACCCACAAUCGAAGCCCUUGAUUGACCAGUCUACUCUGGUGAAGCUGGAGGGUCUAGUCACGAUACACUCUGGGCAGGAGACCACCACUGAAGGCUUUGUGUUUGUCAUGCCGGAAGUGCAUGCGGCAGUCAGUGGCUUUGAGAUGAUGCUGCGGUGGCUGUUCCCCGUGUACGACACCUUUGCACUGUACGGGAGACCGACCAGGCUUAUCGCAGACACGCUCGACCAGCGCGGUCUGAUGUUUGCAAUGCCUAGAGACCGGCGAUACGGCUAUCUUGAUAUCUUGGACGUCUCUGGCCUGAUUCAUACAGACGGCAGCCAGAAUUGGAGCGAGCGACAGUGGCGUAAGGAGAUGAAGAAGCUGACGUCGACACGCAUGGCAAACACAAUGGAAGAUUCUCCGCGCAAUAGCCGGCAGAUCACCCAACGUCGCAACGCUACAAACCGCCAGUCUCUGCCACCUGGCAAUCGUCCUGGCAUUCAGUUCCAAGAUGCUGUUACUCACUCCACUCCUGGCUCAAGGACACAAUCGCCAGCGCCUGCUCGUGGUGGCGGUCUGGCAGGCAUGUCAAUCCCCAAGCGAACAGAUUCAGCGCCGCCUUCAGCCUUUUCCACUCCACACAAGCGCUCAGCUUCAGAUGCUGUUGGGUACCGCAGACACAUGACCGAAACACCUUCUCGUCUGUCCCACGAGCAAAGCAGAUAUGAUGAUGACGACGCUCCAGCGCCGCCAAGGCAUGGGGGCGCGCUCGAGCGCAUCAACUCCAGCGAUCGUACCGCCGCAGGGUCGCCAUACGAGCAAGUCGCCGCUCAGGGAGCUGCCUCGCCGUACUUGCCGCCACCAGCGCCUGUCGUAUCGCCUCCAUCACUUCAGCAUAAUCCACAUGAUCGCCCGGCCGGUCCAUUGCAAGCACCACCUGAGCUUCGACGAGCGCACUCUAACGUAGAUGCGGCCACCCUCCAAGAAAUGCAGAGUGCCUUGCACCCGCCACAGCCGGAAGUCGAUACAUAUCCAAGAGAGUCGACGAGGAAUGGUGGUAACAUCGGGAUGGCUUUGCCAUAUCGCGACCAGCCUGGCAUGACCCCGACUGAUCAAGCUCAUGGAUAUAUGGGCGGCUAUGCCGAAGACGACUAUGACUAUGGCAGACAACAGGACUCGCGACCGCGAUUGAGCACCAUUCCCGGCUCACCAUAUGCCGACCACGAUGGCGAAUACUUCCAAAGUUUGGAGCAGGAGCAAAUGCCGCAAAUGGACGGAGUGAUGCAUGAAGAACCGAAACAGGAGGCGACGAACCGGCCCGAACUCGUAACCCUCGCGUCCCAAAAAAGCAUUACGCGGAAGGCGUUACCUAAGCAAAUUUCGACAGAUCCAGCAGAGCAAACUGCUUCUCGUCACUAA